AUGAAGUUGACAACCACACGCUAUCUGGAUGGGGAGAUACGUGCUUACCGGGUUUCAGGCAGCAUACACGGGCCUCUGGAGCCGGCAGCGACCUACAGGGUCGAGUCCUCUGGCAAGGAAUUGAUCCAUGCGGUGGCCCCGAACCUGGAUCGGGCGGUCUACAUUACCUCCCACAGCGUGGUGUGCAUCAGCCAGAACAGUGACCUGCUAUGGCGCUACGACCUAGAACCUCGCUCCACCCAGCGCUACGUGCCCCAUUCCAAUUGCGUGUUCUCCCUGGACGGGGCCUGGGUGUGGGUGUAUCGCCCCGACGCCAUGGCCGAUCGCGGGCCCGAUAUACUGGUCGUGCUGCGGGCCGAGACAGGCGAGGAAGUUGCCAGGACGGAGCUGGAUAGCGUCGGGCAGGGAGCCCGGCUUGCUCUGCAUCCCGACGGGCGGCAUAUCCUGCUAGAUGUGGGCGAGGGCCAGGACGGUGUGAAAUUGUACCGAGCGGCGCUCACUGGCGGUGAUAUCGACUUACACUCUUACGGGUGGGACGAUCGAUGCUUGGUCGACCUGUCGCCCGACGGGCGGCGGUUCAUGACUGUCCACCACAGCCGGUACGACAUCGCCUUUCAUGUCUUUCCCCGUGGCGAGGUGGUACUGCGGCUACCUGUCGAGGCUUUUGGCUACGAGUAUGGGGAUGAUGGAGCAUGUACGCACUGGAACGGCGGCUUCCUCAAUGCGGACAUCGCGGUCAUCACGAUCGCGGGCGAGAAGGAUGAUAAGGAGUGGCACUGCCACUAUAGCAUCGACCUGUGUUCAGGUAUACCGCUCGGUCGCUUCGAGGCCCACUCGCGUGAUAAUUACGACUUUGAACCCCUAGGGGACGGCACCUGGAUUGUCUCAGGCCCCGACGGCAGUGCCGUCCGUCGCCGGUCAUCUAUGACCCUCUGA